AUUCCGAAUUGGAUUCAUCAAAAUUUGUAAUGGAGUAAACGCAACUAGGGUUUUUGACAAUUAAAAAAAAGAAGAAAAGAUUGGAAUUUGGAAUAAAGUGAAAGAAAGCGCAUCCCCUUUUUGGUUUGAGCAUUCUAUUCUAUUUGAUCAUAAACGAUUGCUGCAGAAGAGUAGCAUUAUUCUAAUCUGAUCGUAGUGUGUGAGUGAUUGGUAUUAUUGAAUUGGAACUGCGAUGGGAAGGGGAAAAUACAAGAGCAAGCCCACCGGUCGCCGCCAGUUUUCCACGCCGGAAGAUCUCCUUGCUGGAACCUCUAACCGUCCUCGGACUUUUAGACAGAAAGAAGCUGAGCAUGAAGAAGAACCCAAGGAAGUGUCUGAGGAUGAAUCUGGGGAAGAAUCCGAAGAAGAAGAAGCCACAAAGAGUAAAGGAACUCAAGGGAUUAUUGAGAUUGAAAAUCCUAACUUGGUAAAGCCUAAGAGCUUGAAAGCUAGAGAUGUUGAUGUUGGAAAAACUACUGAACUUUCAAGGCGUGAAAGAGAGGAGAUAGAGAAACAGAGAGCUCAUGAACGCUACAUGCGGCUGCAAGAGCAAGGAAAAACAGAACAAGCAAGGAAAGAUUUAGAACGUUUAGCUCUUAUUCGUCAGCAAAGGGCGGAAGCAGCUAAGAAGAGAGAAGAAGAGAAAGCUGCCAAAGAGCAGAAGAAAGCCGAAGCACGCAAGUGAAUUUCGUGGAGAUUGCUGUGUGGCCUGGUUUUACUCCAAUUAGGAGGAAUCUGUGCUCUCACUACACUACAAUACAAUAUUGUGUCCAUUUAGCUUUAUAAUGGAGAUAACCAUUCCAAGUUGUUAACAUGUAAUGCAAUUAUUUGGCUUGAAAUAUUUACUAUUAUUAUUAUAUAAAAGGGUUCCCUACAUCAAGCCAAGGGAAAAUAUUUCUCUUUC